UCCUGCAGGUCCGGGAUGUCUCGCAUGUCUGCUUUCAGGUUCUCGGCUCUGGCUCUGCUGCUUCUGUCUGCCUACUGUUGGGCGGACAGCGAGGUAGAAUCUUCUGCAGAGAACGACUCUCAGGAUCUUUCUGUCUCUGAACUUCUGGAGAGAGCGAACAGACAUCGCAUUGGUUCCGAUGAUGAGCCCAUCCUGACUGAAGGAGACAUCGCCCUCGGCAGCGAGGCGGAGAGAAACGCCGACCCCUGCACCAGCCAAGGCUGCAAGUGGGGCAAGGCGUCUGAUGGAAAGGUCUACGUCCCCUAUUACAUCACCAACCACUUCUCCUCCCGUGAGAAGGCCAUCAUCGUCCGUGGCCUCGAGUCCUUCUCCUCCUUCUCCUGCAUCCGCUUCAGGCCCACCCAGAGCAGCGACCGUGACUGGCUGAGCAUUGAGUCCCAGAACGGCUGCUACUCCUUCGUUGGCCGUCGUGGUGGAAAGCAGGUGGUGUCUCUGGCCCGUAGUGGAUGUCUUUACCACGGCACCGUCCAGCAUGAGCUGCUGCACGCUCUGGGAUUCAACCAUGAGCAGACUCGCUCUGACAGGGACAACCACAUCCAAGUCCUGCUGCAGAACGUUCAGUCUGGAAUGGAGCACAACUUCAGGAAGAUCGCAACCCUCAACCAGGGCUCUCCCUACGAUUACAACUCUGUCAUGCAGUACCACAAAUACGCCUUCUCUAAGAACAACCAGCCCACCAUGCUCCCCAUCCCCAACCCCAACGUGUCCUUUGGCAACGCUAAGGAGAUGAGCCGCAACGACAUCGCCAGGCUUAACACACUCUACAAGUGCUAGGAAGCCUCUACUUGUCCUGACAGACACAUCAGACAGAAUGGCACUCAAUGAGCUACACAAACCGCAGACCUGAUGUCAGCAAGCAUUUAAUUAUUCUCUAAUAAAUUUACCUUGACUUAAACAUAUAGGUCUCCUGUGGUUC